GUGAACGUCUGGCAGCAGCAAUCAACUAUAAUUUCGAUUCGCCCUCAUUCGAGCCACUCGUCUGGAGUGCACGUUUCAAGAGGGGUGUCGAUGAUGACUCUGAAGAGUCAUUCCGUAUUCCGUCGGAUGUGGAAAUACAAAAUGAUACGAUAGAUCAUCAGUACUAUAUAAUGGAGAUAUACACGAACCGAUCGGACAUGAUGAAGGAUUACUAUAUUGAUGUGCCGUCAAUGUUGCAAAAACCGGGUACGGUUGGAAAUGAGAGUCAUCCACUUCUAUCGAACAGCUACAGAAGAGCUGUUGCCGCAAAGAUACAGUUUGAUUUUCCAUUUUAUGGUCACCGUUUGAGGAAUCUAACGAUUGCGACUGGCGGGUUUUGCUAUACGGGUGAUCAGUCGCACAGUUGGCUGGCAGCAACACAGUACAUAGCGCCGUUAAUGGCCAAUUUCGAUACUCAUGGUGAGAACUCAACGAUUAUGUACGCGGAUGAUGGCGAGAAAUUCGUUAUCGAAUGGAGCAAUCUUCAGUUGCGAGAGCAACGCAGUGAUGGCUAUUUCACAUUGCAAGUAUCAUUGCAUAAGAAUGGCGAUAUUUGGUUUGUUUAUAAAGAGAUUCCAAUACCGGUCGAGAAUAUCAGUGAUUCACAUCAUCCGGUGAAGUUGGGCAUGAGUGAUGCGUACUUAUUCCAUCACAGCAUUCAUAAUCCAAUUGCACCGAUGUCACAAACACGUACAUUAAUUUACUUGAUCUUAUUAUCGUCCUCUUCAAUCAUUCGCUUUUUUAUUGUUAUUAUGUUUUUUUCUAUCGUCUUUCUUUAA